GGCGGCGGAGCGGGCGGCAUGUGUCCCGCGGUCCCCCUCCUCCUCAUCCUCCUCCUCCUCCUGCUGCUGUCCCGGCUGUGGCGGCGCGGGGCGGCGGCGCUGGAGCCGGCCGGGCGGGCCGUGCUCAUCACCGGCUGCGACAGCGGCUUCGGGCACCUGCUGGCCCUCCGCCUCCACCGCCUGGGCUUCACCGUCUUCGCCGGCUGCCUCUGCCCCGGCGGCGACGGGGCCCGGCGGCUGCAGCGGGAGGAGGCGGCGGCGGGCUCCGGCCGCCUGCGCGUCCUGCGGCUGGAUGUCACCCGCGACCGCGACGUGCUGGCCGCCAAGGAGCUGGUGCUCAGCCACCUGCCCGAGAGAGGUUUCUGGGGCCUUGUCAACAAUGCAGGAAUAUCAACAUUUGGCGAGACAGGGUGGCUGUCUAUGGAGAAAUAUGAAAAAUUUGCCGAUGUGAAUCUCCUUGGGAGCAUCAGGACAACCCUGGCAUUUCUACCCCUUCUAAGGAAAUACAAGGGACGUAUUGUUUUCAUGUCCAGCAUUAUUGCCUAUUUUGCUCUGGGAAAUGGCAUUUAUUCUAUGACCAAGGCAGCUAUUGAAAAAUUCUGUGAUGCUCUGAGACUGGAAAUGAAGAAGUUUGGUGUUCGGGUCUGUAUUAUUCAGCCAGGAAAUUAUGCACGCUCUACAAAAAUCCAGCCACCAGUCAGUGCCGAAGAGAUUUGGAAUGAACUCAGUGAAGAAGAAAAGGCAGUUUACAAUAAGGAGUAUGUUCAAGAGCGGGCAAACUUUUUCAACAGCAUUCUCAGCGAAGGAAGCACUAAUGGCAAUGAAGUUGUCGAUGCUAUGGUAGAUGCUUUAACGUCUCCUGCGCCCAAGGCGCGGUACAUGGUGGCGAAGCUGAAGGAGAAAGCCCUGGUGUUUGUGUGUGCUUUAUUCCCGACCAUUGUGAUGGAUUCCGUUUUGUCUUACGCUCUGAGUAAAGUAAAACUGGCAUAGCCUACGUUGGUAUUGUUCACUGACUCAGACGCGGCAGUUUGUAAAACGUGAAAGCUAGGACUGAAUCUAAUAACCCCAGAAAUCAGUAUAAUGAUACCAGUUAACCAGUACAAACUUUGGAGGGUGUCCCUAGUCCAAACCAUCACUUAUUCAUAGGGAAAAACAUACAGGAGCUCAUGUAAAAUUAAUACAUUUGUCCAGGUAACUUUAUUUCUCCCAUGUGAAAAAAAAAUAUGGCUACUUAGGCUGCUUUAGGUAUUUCCUAGAAAAUUUAUGCACCUUUUUCUAAUGCAAUAGCAGGUUACUGUGUUACAGACAUGACAGAGACAAAAUGGAACAUAUCCUACAGGGCAAUUGCACAACUGAAAUCAUUACAGAAGACAUGAAAAUACCUUAUUUGCUAUAACCCAAGUAGUAAUUUAUUGGGAGUGAUGGGAAGAGGUUUAUGGAUAAGUUAGAAAUGAGCAAUAGAUCUUGAAAUACUUCAAAUGGAGUUAAGUGGCUGUAGAAAUUUACGAAGUGACAAAUAAUAACGUCGCACUAUGGAAACAGCAUCUUGGCUAACUACUUUUAGUAGUUAGUUCAAGUUCAGUACUUUUUCAGGUGUUUUGGGUAAACCUGUAACAAAGCCAAUAUGUCAUGGACUUUGGAAAAUAAAUAACAUAUUCCUUUUAAAAAUGAAUAUUCAGUCCUAAAUAAACUCUAUCUUUUAUCUAA